CCGAGGACUGAAAAGCAAAGCCUUCCCUGAUUGCAGGCUAGUGUCAAUUGGCUAAUUUGCUGUCUUGCACAAAGUAGCUCGAACCGCAGGAAGGCGUUCGUUUUCUCUCGCGCUCGCGUUAAUUGCUAUUUGUCAUCGAGCGAUGCAGCUCGAGCCUUGCAUCUCGCCAGCUCUCGCGCGCUCCAAGAAAUGCAUGAUUGUGGGCAGUGGCUACCCAAACGCACAAGCAUCUGAGCUCGCCUUGCAGGACUACCCUAUUAUAUCUAUCGGCGACAACCUGGAGAGAAGUUCACCUCUGAAAAAAAACUCCGUUGGGAUGACGAAUCAGUCAGAGGCAGACAAUUUCGCCGACUCGAAGGACUCGUCAGGGGACGUCCAGCGAGGCAAACUCUCUCCUGAUCUUGACGGAGUCGGCGACAGUCGUCACACUUUCGAUGGAUCUGCGGGAGAAAGGUAUCUUCUGUCUCAGUCCAGUCAAGUGCAGCCGAGUCCCACCACCAUGUUUCCCUACCCGGGUCAGCAUGGACCGACGCACCCAGCUUUCUCCAUCGGCAGCCCGAGCCGGUACAUGGCUCACCAUCCGGUCAUCACGAACGGAGCUUACAACAGUCUGCUGAGCAACUCUUCUCCGCAAGGCUACCCGACGGCAGGCUACCCGUACGCGCAGCAGUACGGACACGCGUACCAAGGCACGGCUUUCUACCAGUUUUCCUCCGCUCAGGCCGGCCUCGUGCCCGGUAAAGCGCAGGUUUACCUCUGCAACAGGGCCCUGUGGAUUAAAUUUCACAGACAUCAAACGGAGAUGAUUAUUACCAAGCAAGGACGGCGAAUGUUCCCGUUUUUGAGUUUCAAUAUAUCUGGUCUUGACCCAACGGCGCAUUACAAUAUCUUUGUGGACGUGAUUCUUGCGGAUCCGAACCAUUGGCGCUUUCAAGGAGGAAAAUGGGUCCCGUGCGGCAAAGCGGACACGAAUGUGACAGGAAACAGAGUACACAUGCACCCGGAUUCGCCAAACACCGGUGCGCACUGGAUGCGUCAAGAGAUAUCCUUUGGAAAACUUAAACUAACCAACAAUAAAGGAGCAACGAACAACACAGGACAGAUGGUCGUCAUGCAGUCGCUGCAUAAAUUCCAGCCUCGACUGCAUGUGGUGCAGGUGAACGAGGACGGAACCGAGGACACGAGCCAACCCGGGCGCGUGCAGACGUUCACUUUCCCGGAGACGCAGUUUAUUGCGGUCACCGCAUAUCAAAAUACUGAUAUCACGCAGCUAAAAAUCGACCACAAUCCAUUUGCAAAGGGAUUCCGUGACAAUUAUGACACUGUCUACACAGGGUGCGACAUCGAUCGGUUGACGCCGUCCCCGGGUGACUCUCCGCGCUCUCAGAUCAUGCCUGGCGCAAGAUAUGCCAUGACUGGUUCUUUCCUGCAGGACCAAUUUGUCAGCUCGUAUGCCAAGUCCCGCUUUCACCCUGGCGUCGGAGGCGCUCCUGGCACGGACCGCAGCGUCCCACUUAGUAACAGCUUGCUCUCCCCGCAACAAACCGAGGAGACCACGGUGGCCUCCCCGCAGCGAUGGUUUGUCACCCCUGCCAACAACCGACUGGACUUUGCCGCCUCGGCAUACGAUGCUGCGGCGGCUGCUGAUUUCGCCGGUAACGCGGCCACCCUUCUGUCGUACGCGGCUGCCGGUGUUAAAGCGCUGCCCCUGCCCGGGGCGGGAUGCUCUAACAGACCUCUGGGGUAUUAUGGCGAGCCGCCGGGGUGGGGCACCCGCACGCCGCCGCAAUAUUGCAGCAAGUCCAGCUCCGUCCUGUCAUGCUGGCCGUCCAACUCCGUGGGGAGCCGAACGACCUCCUCCAGUUACCUGGUCCCUGGCCUCGAGGACGGAGACGCCAUCGCGCCCGAGAGGUCACCGCUAGGCGGGGCGGAUGAGUCCAAACCCAAAGACCUGUCUGAAUCCAGCUGGAUAGAAACCCCGUCCUCAAUUAAGUCGAUCGAUUCGAGCGAUUCUGGGAUUUUUGAGCAAGCCAAGCGGAGGAGGAUUUCGCCAUCUGCCACGCCGGUUUCCGAGACAUCGUCUCCAUUAAAAUCUGAAAUGUUGACGCCGAGGGAAUGCGAGAAAAACUGCUCCAAGGACAUCGGCUACUACAGCUUUUACCCCCACAGUUAGAAACUGUUCAAGAAACCUGUUCAAGGAUUCACGAGUGACGUAUAAUCUAUUUAUUCCUAUUUAUGUGCUUAUUUGUUUAUUUAUUCAUAAAUCUUGGUCGCGUCGUUCGAAGGACGUCACGCACCGAGUUUUAAACGAAAAACUUUGACAUGCCCGAAAACUUGAGCAAGCGGUUUUCGUUCCCAAAUGACAUUUUAAGGUUCUAACUGUCAAACCUAUUGUAAGUAUGGAAGAACUGUACAUAUUUGUAUUUAGCUAUCCAUUUGUGAUUUUCUUCUCGUUGAAUGUUGAUGUACAAUAUAGAAAACCGGAUUAGGUUUGUUUAAUGUACUUAGACGUUUGUUCGUUCGAAUAGCAACAUAUAUUAAAUAUUUUGAUGUUUGAAAAAAUAAGGAUACAACUCGUAUAGGUUCCCGGUUCAAGUUGUUAUGAAAAACAAUGGUCUGCCUGAACUGGAAGUAGCUAGCUGCUUACCUGUUGAAGAGGCCCCCAAAAAGAGUUCCUCUGACGCAUGUCUGUAGGAGGUCGGAUUUUAUGUAAGCUUAUAUUGAUGUUGCUUUUAGAGUCGCGUCGUCUGUUCGUAAAUAUCAUAUAGUAUGUAGGUUCAUUUUGUGAGCGUUUUGUGGACGUAUGCUUUUAACCACACCAGAGUAACUUAAUUUCUUUAUUUUUGUUGUUGUUUUUUUUUGGUAGAGAUAAAAACAUAGACUAUCAUUUAACCUAUUGCCAACCCAGACAUUUUCAUUUGUAUUUCAUGGGCUGUUUUCUCAUGAGAAAAACGCGAAUUAGGCCUGCUAAUGUGUAAAGGUAAUGUAAUUGUGGUGUGCUUAAUUGCAAUAAAUAUGACAGAAUGUGAAACCCUGGGCGAAGUACACAAGAAUCAAACUAAGCUGAUUUCAAAACCAAAUAUUUCUGUUCCAUUUUUCUCUACCUGUCUUGGAGAGGUAUA